GUAAAUGUACACAUAACAGUUUGGGAAACGUUCAGAGAAAAUCUUUACAAAUUACACAAUACCGAAAGAGAGAGACGGAGCAAAGCAUCGAGCAGCAACAAGAUGAACAGCGCAGCUAUUUAUCCGCCUCAACAUGCCCCUGCAGCCAACCCAUUCGCAAACAUGCCUGGCUAUGAGGGAAUUGGUGCAGGUGGUUUUUUGCCUCCUCCUGUACCUUUACAGCCAGUAGCUCCAGCCCAACCUGGCCCCACUCCUGAAGAAUGGAACAUCCCCGCUCUGUCAGAAGAUGUUGCUCGUGAGGCAUUCAAAGGCUAUGUGCAAUCUCAGUGCUGCUACCAAUCAGGCCCAGCCAAUGAGGGUGUUAUCACCAAUAUGGAGUCAUUUAACACAUACAGGUUGCGUCUGGAGACAUUCACAGAGUCCAGAUCAACUGAGAUGGCCGAGAAACCUUAUGAAGGGGAAACUCCUGACUUCUACGCUCAGCCUGCCCCCACACCAUGGGAAGUCCAGACCAAGACCCCUGAGCUCUUCACCAAACACACUGAGGAGAUCCGAGUGCCAUACACCUCCAAUGUCAAGGAAUGUAACGCCUGCCAUGCAGAGGGAACAGUGUCCUGCAAAGACUGCGAGGCAAAAGGAUAUAAACAAUGCACUCAAUGCAAUGGCUCUGGUAAGAAUGAAGAGGAAAACUGCACUCACUGCAAUGGAACAGGAAAGGACAGGUGUUCAAAGUGCAGUGGUGCGGGAAAAAAGACGUGCGAAACCUGUAAAGGAAAAAAGCAAUUGCUUACCUUCAUCAAACUCAAAGUGGAGUGGGCUAACAAUGUGGACAACCAUCUGGUGGAGCAAAACUCUGGCCUGAAGGCUGAAGAGUUGAACUCCGUGAAUGGCAAAGAGCUGUACAAGAUGACCCAGAUCAUGGUCUACCCGUUGUAUGGGUUCCCAAAUCCAGCCAUUACUGAGGCUUCUGACCGUCUGAUCAAAGAGCAUCAAUCCAAGUAUGCUCAGACAUCCAGGAUUAUGCAGCAGAGGCAGACUGUUGAGUUGAUUCCCGUUACUAAGGUGAACUACAAGUGGAAAAAUAGCAUUCACGUCUUUUAUGUUUAUGGAAAGGAAAACAAGGUUAGCGCUGAUGACUACCCAGAAACCUGCUGCUGCGUCAUCCUGUAGACAAAAAGUUUCAUUCAAAUAUAUACUUCAUUUUCUUUUCUUAAUACAUUUUAAAUCUACAAUAUUUUUUUCAACUGGUUGUGUUUGAAGACAACCAGUGUUUUACAGUAAUAUUCAUGACAUUGCAAGAUAUUGGGCAGAAGCUCUGAUGCUUUAUCAUUUAUGUUAUAACAUGUAUUUCUGUGAAAAAAUAUUAACACCCAAAGGUAAGUCUCUGUCUUUCAAAUUUUUUCUUGUGCUUGGGUCAUCCAGCAUUUUGUUUUUUAUGAGUUUUACUUGACCUGCGUGUCAAUUAAUUCUAUCAAAUGACUAUUACACUUAUACCUCAUAUGUAACAUGAACGUUUGUUUUUAUUAUAACCACUGCAAUUACCAUGUAAUUUUACUCUCAUUAUGAGGUAAAUAUUUUUGUAAUCAAUGGAGUGAUAAGUGCAUUUAUAUAUGAUCAUGAGAAAAGGUGUCAUGUUUCUGUAACUACAGACAUCCAGUUUUGCUUGCUGGCUUGUUUCUGUUCUUCAGGAGGUCAUAAACCUCAGUGAUAUGUGGAGAUUUAAUGGAUAAACAGGAAUCAGUCCGAUUUAGCAUGAAUUUACUAAAAACGGAGCCAUCUUAUAUGGUUAGUUCAAGUGACAGUUGUGUGAAAUGUCAAGUCACCCUAAGAUCUCUUCACACUAUGAUAGGUGGACUGUUCAUUGAAUACUAACAGCAAGAUCAUUAGUUUCUUAAUUAAUCAGCUCCAUGCCUGUACUCUACUUAUUCUGUACUCUACUGCAUAUUUCCCUCGACUGCUUUUAUCACAGGAUUGUAUCUUGUUUUUUUCUGAAAAAAAAGUGAUGUAGUAACCAAUACUUUUAUGUAUAAUGUCAUGCAAUCAGUAAGUCUUGUAGGAUGCCUGACAUUGUUUUACAGUCAAUGAGACUGUGAAACAAAGUCACUUCUUUUGGUUUGUUUGAUUGUUUUACCAGUAAUAUUUACCCAGCCUUACAUGAAUUAAUUGUACUUUUAUAUUUUUGUAUCACUAAAGCUUUCGCUGAAUGGGAUGGAAUCUGUUUGCAUUUUAAGACACUGACUUAUUGCUGUCACCAUACAGUUUUAUAAAACUGUAUGGUGUUAUUUUGCAAACAUAUCAGUAUUAUAUGUACAUGUAACAACAUUGUAAAAAAUAAUCACUAGGCUAAUCUGAUCAAAUUCAUAAAUGCUUUAAAUGCAGCACUGUGACUAACAAUCAUUUUUGACAGUAACAUUGAGCAUGUUUUUCUCUUAUUCCAAUAAUUAAAAAAAAUAAACUCUUCUUUUAUCAGUUA